AUGUCUGGGGCUUUUACCCACGUGUUCACCUUCGGCCCGACGUUCCGAGCAGAGAACUCACAGAGUCGCCGGCAUCUGGCAGAGUUCUAUAUGGUGGAGGCUGAGCUGUCCUUCACUGAGAGCCUCCAAGACAUCAUGCAGGUUAUGGAAGAUCUUUUCAAGACUGUAACAAGCACUGUGCUCUCCAAAUGUCCUCGUGAUGUUGAGCUAUUUCAUAAAUACAUAGCUCCUGCCCAGAAGGGCAGGUUGGAACAAAUGCUGAAGAACAAAUUUGUAAUCAUUUCCUACAGCGAAGCAAUGGAAAUUCUGAAGCAAGCUUCUCAAGCUUUCACUUUCAAGCCAGAGUGGGGCUGUGACCUCCAAACGGAGCAUGAAAAGUACCUGGUGAAGCACUGUGGUGAGGUUCCUGUGUUUGUGAUUAACUACCCAUAUGACCUCAAACCUUUCUACAUGCGGGACAACGAAGAUGGACCUCAACAUACAGUUGCAGCAGUUGAUCUCCUGGUGCCAGGAGUAGGGGAGUUGUGUGGAGGCAGCUUGAGAGAGGAGCGACUGCCCUUCCUCGAGUCACGCUUACAGAGAUUAGGACUCGCAGAUACCUACCAAUGGUAUCUAGACCUCCGAAAGUUCGGCUCAGUUCCUCACGGGGGCUUCGGCAUGGGCUUUGAACGCUACCUGCAGUACAUCCUGGGAGUUGACAACAUCAAAGAUGUCAUUCCCUUCCCCAGGUUUUCUCACUCCUGUCUCCUGUAG